UUGCAUAGAAAUAUGUGAACUAGAUCAGGCUCAAUGCUGUCGUUUAAUGGAGGUCUUCUCUGCUUGGCUGCACUUCUAUGUGCGAACUUUCACCGGGGGUCAAAUGGUGAUCUGAACGUUUUCCGGAAGCCGUGCAGAGAGAGCUUCAGGUCGACGUUUGUUGUUGUUGUGGAUUGCUUUGGAUCCGCUCGCCAGCUGUCUGGGAGUAGGGUCAGCGGAGAAACGAGCAGGCUGAAGUCAUUUUCCCCGUCGGAUGAAUGGCAGUCACGGCGGUGAGAGCGGCGGCAGCCGCGGGAGGUCCCGCGUCUUUGUCCCGCUUCAGGGGAGCGCUGGUCGCGGGUGUGCUAGGAGACUGUAUCGGAGGAGAGUUUGAAGGGGCGGAGGAGGUUCCCAUGGAGAGUGUGCUGCAGCACCUCAGCAGCCUGGACGACGAAACUAAAGGAACAAGUAUCCUUGAAUACAGUGAUGACACAGCCAUGGCACGCUGUGUGGCUCAGUCUCUACUCACCAGGACUGGCUUUGAUGAGCACGACAUGGCUCGCAGGUUUGCAAAGGAGUACAGUGCAUCCCCACAUCGUGGUUAUGGUGCUGGAGUGAUCCAGGUGUUGAAGAAGCUCUCAUCCCCCCAGUUAAAUGACGUGUAUCAGCCAGCGAGGGACCAGUUUAACGGUCGGGGCUCCUUUGGAAAUGGAGGGGCCAUGAGAGCAGCUCCCUUUGCCCUGGCCUUUCCGGACUUGUCUGAUGUUAAAAGGUUUGCCCAUCUGGGCGCCAUGCUGACGCACUCCUGCUCUCUGGGUUAUAAUGGGGCGGUGCUGCAAGCGUUAGCUGUGCACCUGUCUCUGCAGGGGGCACUGGACUUGCCUCACCAGUUCAUCAGCAGGCUAAUUAAAGAGAUGGAGGAAGUGGAAGGUGAUGAGACUGCACGCAAUGAUGCAAGAAUUUUAAAAGAAGCAGAGAAGCCAUUCUGUGAACGUCUCCACCGAAUCAGAGACCUGAUGGACAGGAGCAAAGUUAGCAUAGAGGAAGUCAUCUCUGAACUGGGUAAUGGCAUUGCAGCUCUUCACUCCGUCCCCACUGCAAUUUUCUGUGUGCUCCACUGCCUGCAACCCCGGGAAUGUCUCCCAGAGAGCUACGGCGGCGUGGAGAGGACGAUAGCGUACAGCCUGGCGCUGGGAGGGGACACUGAUACCAUAGCCUGCAUGGCUGGGGCCAUCGCGGGGGCCCACUACGGCAUCGAGACCGUCCCUCAGUCCUGGAUAAGGUGCUGUGAGGGGGUGGAGGAUGCAGACCAGUAUGCAGAGAGGCUUUACAAGCUGUACCACCAGUCACCACUGGGGGGCAAAGGCGAGACAGGCGAGCAGAGUGGCGAAAACAGGUCAACUGCUGCUAAUGGCACAGAGAAGAAAACUGGAGUAGAGUGAUGGAUCAGUCAGAUUGUCAUUAAAAGACUUUCACACACAUAAAGAACGCGUAAAAAAUACUUUAAAUUUUGUU